CAGACGCUUCUUCUCAGCGAGCAGACAUUACUGGAAUUCACUUCAGGACACUUGUUCGACCUGAUAUCCAAUGAUGUUAAAACAUUGGAAGAAGAGACAAUCAAGUUUUUUUUCUUGACACCUUUCGCAGUACUUUCGUAUCCGGGAACAAUAUUCCUCAUUUACUAUUUGAUUGGCUGGCAGGCUGUUAUGGGUGUGUUCCUCCUGUGUGUUCUUAUGCCAUACUUUGCCGUCUUGUCCUAUGCUAACGCUAAGCUGCGCUUGCGCACAGCUACAGUGUCCGAUAAGCGAAUCUCCUUAAUGAAUCAAGUAGUUUCCGGGAUCCGCGCGAUCAAAACGCAUGCGUGGGAGGACGCAUAUCGGCGGAAAAUCGAAGAUAUACGAAGGUAAGGUGAAUGAUUAUGUUUAGUCAGAGGUUGGCUAUAAUAAUGUAAGCAGCGUUAAAUCUAUGUAUGACCUCAUUUAAAUUUAUUUAUCAUAUAUCUCAAUGAGAAUGUGCACUAUAAUUGGUCGAUGCAUGCGCCGAUCAAUUCGAAGCUUCAAACUUUCCCCCACGGGUACCCCCCUGAAGCAUUCGUACUUUUGAACAUUGGUUCAUUCAAAUUUCCGCCCUUCCCCCCCCGUUAAAAUAUGUCACAAACCGCGUUUUCUUAGUUCAUACUAUUAGUAACGUAACCUCGUUUUUUCGAGCAGAAAAAUCGCUCCCAAAUUUGCAGUGCGGACCCCUAACUAGGUUAGUGAGGGGUAUUUACCUGGAAGACAAUUACGGAUUACUCCAUGGAUAUAGCUUUUCAGGGCCUUUUUCAAUCAGUUUGAUUCUUAAACAGGAGAGCGCAGUAUUGAAACGAAUAACGGUGUUAUUCUUACGAUAGUCGACUGUAGAAGUGAAUCUCGAUGUAAAUAUCUUUAAAAAACGCAAGCUCAAAUAUUUCAUUUACAUCGCAAUGCUUAACCUGAUCAAACAGGAAAAUUAACAGACGGUGAUGUUCUUCAUGAAACAUUUAAGGUGGUACGCGCCAAAAUUUUACCAAGUUUGGUUGCAUCCGUCAUUUCCGUGAUUGUUGACCUAAAUUAUUUUAAAGUUCGAAAUGUAUAUCCACAAAUCUAUUUAUCUCUCCUCUAAGAGCUUUAUUACCUAAGCAACUUAAAUAAACCCUAAAUAAGGCCUUGGACAGCUGAGUGAGCUGGUCAGAAUGCCUUCUUUCAUAAAGAAUAAGUGACUGUGUCACGAGACCCAUUUCAUAACCAGAGAACUGGUCCGUUAAAACCUAUUAGUAUAGAGGACACAGUUUAAUACUGCUUUUCUUUUGCUCAGAAAUGAGAUCAAUGUCAUUUCGAAGAGGACAGCCAUUCAGUCAAAUAUCGAUGCCUUGUUGUACAGUGCAACGCCAUUAGCUACUCUGGUGUCAGUAAUUACUAUGGUGCUUACGGGCCAGACUCUCACGCCCGCCAAUGUUUUUAUGCUUCUAUCGUUUAUGGGUGUUUUAAAAUUUUAUGGCAUGUUGAAUAUAACAAAUGGUUUCAUAGGAACAUAUGACGCUUACGUUUCGCUUGGAAGAAUCGAAGAGUUCCUUCUUUUAGAAACUUUAUCAGAAGCCUCGGAGGAUGAUGAAAGUAAAGAACACCCACAAAAGGCCAGGAGUACCUUCACUAACCAGAGUCACGGCUACUCAAAAAAGGAAGCCGAAAAUGUGGAAAAAUUUUUCGAUGCUUGUGAAGCAACGGAAUUAAGGCCUACUAAUAUAUGUGUGUCUAAUUUAACCUGCACAAAAAAGAAUUGUGAAGAUGAAUUUAUUCUCCAGGAUAUUAAGUUUGUUGCACCUUCGAAGAGUUUAACAGUUAUCACCGGCCCAGUUGGAAGUGGUAAGUCUACUCUGCUUUCAGCUAUCGCUGGUGAAAUUUCCAACACGAGUGGCAUGAUUUCUUACCGAGGCAAGGUCAUUUACUUGCCUCAGACUGCUUGGGUGUUCUCGGGAACGAUAAAAGAAAACAUCCUUUUUGGCCAGCCCUUCGAGGAGUCCAAGUACGAAAGAAUUAUCGACGUCUGCACUCUGAAAGAAGACUUUCAGCGGUUACCUGGUGGUGACCAAACAGUAGUUGGAGAACGCGGCGAGAUUCUGAGCGGAGGACAACAGGCGAGAGUAAGUUUAGCUCGUGCAGUUUAUGCUGACGGAGAUAUUUAUCUAUUGGAUGAUCCACUGAGUGCUGUCGAUUUUAAAGUUGGCCAACACAUCUUUAACAAGUGCAUCAAAGAUCUACUAGGCGAUAAAAUCGUUCUGUUUGCCUCUCAUCAGCAACAGCACAUGGAAAAUGCUGACGAAGUGAUUGUGUUGUACAAAGGGCGUGUCCUCGACAAGGGACGCUUUACUGAGCUGCACGAAAAAGGUGUAAUCGGUUCAACUGUUGACCCACCAUAUAAAGCAGCUCUGCGGAAAGAAGAAACAGAAUCAUCUGAUACCUUUGCCUGGGAGAAUACAGAAAAACACGUUGAUGCCGAAAAAUGCAAGAAAAUACUUCCUCUGUCCAAUGAAGCAAGGAGCUUGGAGAUAGCAAAGGAGGAUCGUACAAUCGGAGUAGUGACAUCCAAGCUCUACUGGGACUACUUCAGAAGUGGAGCGCAUCCCCUAAUGAUAACUGGAAUGGUUGGUUUUAUUCUCCUUACUCAAGGUAAACUUAUUGUUAUACCGAGUUACAAGCCUUGGGUCAGGCCCUAAAAGGAGAUACAGUGAUUUUUUUUUCUAUAUCCAUUUAACAGUAUUUGUUAAAAUUAAAAUUAGCUGGCAUAAAAACCUUGCUUACAACGUGUAAAACAGGUGACAUUCCUCAGGCAUACUACAACGAGUUUGAGACACACACGAGGAGAAAGGAAAGGGCGAAUGACGCGCAAUCGAAUAAGCACGUGUCUAGCCGCUCUCUUUUGCCUCGUACUUGGCUUGCACCUACCUUCACUCGCCUAAAAAAACUCAACAAAAAGGUCGCCUGUUUUGCAAGCUACCAUGCCAGGAGCUUUCGAGGGCAAUUUAUUUUGAUGCGUACCGUGGUUAACCGAUUCAUCUCACAUAUUGUAGUGUUUAUAGAAACAUCCUCAACCUACAGAUAAUUGUAUCUAAUGUAGGCAGGUAGUGCAGGUAGUAGCCUAAUAAAUCUUACUGUGUUCAACUAAAUGAUCAUAUAGAAAUAAAUAUCAACUAUCACAUCUUAAUUUUGUCUCUUUCAGCCAUCAUAGUUGCUCCAGACUUGUGGCUCUCGUUUCUUGCAAGACUAAUCCCAGAGGAUCAGAAUAACAAGACUUAUCUAUCUGUCUUCGCCUGUCUGGUUGGUGCGUGCUUUAUAUUUACUAUCGUUCGGGCUUAUGGAUUCUUCCAUGUUUCUCUAAAGUGCGCCGAGCGUCUUCACGAUAAAAUGGUUGUGGCCAUUUUACAAGCACCUGUCCUGUUCUUUGAUUCAAAUCCAGUGGGAAGAAUCCUAAAUCGCUUCUCCAAUGAUAUUGGCUGCGUGGAUGAUAUGCUACCCAAAACAAUCCUGUGGGCAAUGCAGAUGCUCUUACUUAUAUUUUUUCAAAUUCUCGUAACAAUUGCCACAAAUGUUUGGCUCAUUCUUGUUGUUGUUCCCAUUUGUAUGCUAGUCGUUUAUCUUUCCAAUCAUUACUUGAAGACUGCCAGAGAACUGAAGAGGUUGGAGUCUAUAUCCCGAAGCCCAGUGUUCGCUCACUUUUCGGAGACUCUGAUAGGACUGGACACGAUUCGUACAAGAGGAAGACAGACACAUUUUUUAGACACACUUUACAGGUAUGUUAGAGACAUUGACUCGAGCCGUGCUGCUAGAGCUGAUAAAGCACAGGCAACGAAUGAGUCGUAAUUCUUACUGAACUCACCCUUCAAUUUUUGUCUGUUGAAAUCCUUUCUUCUAUGCGUCGAGACACUGUUUAGCAAGUGAACCUUUCCUUACUAGAAGUUCUUGGAGAGAAGUACCUAUUUAGGAGGGAGGGGAGAGGCAAAGGGCCGUAUUUUACCACGAAUAAUCUCCUUAGAGCUUUUUUAAGCUGUUGUCGAAUAACAAAACCAAAUUAUUCGCAACGAGACAACCAGAACGAAAACUCAAAGUAAAAAACAAGGAAACCGCAUCGAGUGCCCGAAAACGGCACGGGACAUUAAGCGGUUGGUUUUACUUUUGAAUCGGAUUUGAUAAGAGGCAGACUCGAGUUUGCAGGUCCAAUUAGAGAGUAAAGUAAGACAAAGCCAAUGCUAUACAGCUUUUUUUCUACAGUCAACUGAAAAUUUCUCUUUUAUGAAAAGUAACUAUGAUAAAUUGACUUGUCCCCACAGAUACCAAGAUGUUCAUAAUCAGGCGUACAUUAUGGUGAUGGCCAGUGCUAGGUGGCUCGGUAUGCGCUUGGAUUGUCUCGCUUCCCUGUUAGUCGGUGCAGUUGCUGUGGCUGCAGUCUUGGUAUCUCAAGAUGCCGGUAAGCUCAAGAUUCUUGGUAACGUUUUUGAGUCUUCCUAUUUAUCACGAAUCUGUAUAAUCAUGUAUUGAGACAGCAUGCACUACUGGAUUAUUAAAUAAGCGAGACUAUACGCGCACUCUCAUUGGUCGAUAGGUGUGUACAGUUGUGAUAUUUUAGAUUCGCGAUAAUUCUUGGGAAAAAUGUAUUAUGAAAGCAAAGUGAUGAAGGACUAUUUCCGUGUCUAAAUAGCCUCAACUAUACACAAGUGGCUUGGAGAGUGGUGUACCCGAAAGUUAUGCAAACCCAUAGGGCAUCAAAUAUGUAAAGUUUGACUUUUUUUUUUUUUUUCAGCUUACGCUGGUCUCGCUCUUGUAUACGUCAUCCAAAAUCUGAGCAUGGCUCAAUACGCUGUUAGAAAAACCUCUGAAGUGGAAAACUACAUGACGUCAGUUGAGCGAGUUAUGGCCUACACCAAACUUGACCAGGAGCUUGGAUACGAGGAAGAACGAACACCCAUUAAUUGGAGUUCGUUUAUAUGAGGAUAACGCCAAGCGUCAAAAUAAAUCUUUAACGAUUAAAUAUCGUAAUACGAAGCAUUUUGACAAAUCCGCCUUCGUUUCCGACCUCAAAGAAGUUCCUUGGAAUACUGCAUUUGUCUUUGACGAUUUAACUGAUAUCUUAAAUGCAUGGAUGGGUCUCUUCAUUAACAUCUUGGAUGCCCACUGUCCGUGGCGAGUAAAGAAAGUAGCCAAACAAAAUCAAGCUCCAUGGAUGACUGUGAAUAUUUUACAAGCGCUUCGCAGAAGGGAUUCUUUACUACGUAAAGCAAGGCAAAGUCGUUGUGUCACGGAUUGGAACUGCUUCAAAAUCGCGAGGAAUAAAGUUGUAAACAUGAUUCGCAGUGCGAAAUAUAAAUACUAUAAUACCUGUUUCAACAACAACAAGGGAAACUCUAAAAAGAUGUGGAAAACCAUAAAAUCACUAAUGGGCGAUGUAUCAAAAUCAGUUGAGACGCCAAAUGUUGUUUUGGCCGAAAAGUUUAAUGAUCACUUCACUUCAAUUGCUGAUUCACUGAGGAAUCUACUACCUAAUGUACCUUAUUGCAAUUCAAAGGUUGAAAACUUUGUUUGUUCAAGAAAAGAUCCGGAUGUUCUUUUCAAUAUUCCUCCUGUUACCAAAAAGAUUUUGUGCUGGGUGCUCUGUUGGGACUUAAAACAAACAAAGCUAUGGGUAUUGACAAGAUAAGUGCAAGAUAUCUGAAAAUAGCAGGACCAGCUAUUGCUUAUUCAAUUACUCAAAUCUUGAAUAUUUCAAUUAAUUCUGGUGUAUUCCCUGAUUGUUGGAAGAUAGCGAAAGUCAUUCCGUUGUUUAAAUCUGGGGACCGUGAGGAUCCUGACAAUUAUCGACCCAUUUCGAUAUUACCUGUUUUGUCAAAGAUUCUGGAACGUCAUAUACACGAUCAUCUCUAUAAUUACUUAUGUGAAAACAAUCUAUUGUACCCUUUACAGUCAGGUUUUCGGAAACACCAUGGAACAGACACUGCUCUUAUACGAGUCAUAGACAAUUUGUUAUUUAAUCUAGACAAUGAUCAAGUCAGCGGUCUUCUUUUAGUUGAUUACAGGAAAGCUUUUGAUAUGGUUGACCGUGAAAUUCUUUUUGCAAAAGCUGAAUGCCUAUGGUUUAACUCCAGUUGCAAGUAAAUGGUUUAGUUCAUACUUGACUGAUAGACAUCAAUUUAUUGCUAUUGAUAAUGUGACAUCUGACUCUACUCUUGUGAGGCAUGGUGUUCCACAGGGUAGUAUCCUUGGCCCUUUACUUUUUGUCAUUUAUAUCAAUGAUUUGCCUCUACAUGUUAAUGGUGCUGACCUGGAUCUCUAUGCUGAUGACACCACACUGACAUUAUCGGCAGAUAUCUCAGCGGUUGAUUCUCUACAAGAUUCACUAGCUGCUUCUUUUGAAGGAAAUUGAAUGCUGGACGCACACCAAUAAACUUCCUCUCAAUGAAAAAAAAAAGACUAAAACACUACUGGUCACAGGCAAACGCCUUGGGAAGAAACUACCAGAUGGUUAUAAUUUAUCUCUUAAAACUAUGAAUGGUGUAUCAUUGGAACAAGUACCCUCAGCUAAACUUCUUGGUAUAGACAUUGACCACGAUUUAUCAAUGAACACUUAUGUUGACAGACUGUGUAAAAAAAAUUUCACAAAGAAUUGGAAUUUUGAAUAAGAUCAAACUUUGUUUACCAUUUAACCAAAGACUUUUAUUUUAUAAUAGUUUAAUUAAGCCAUUAUUUGAUUAUGCCAAUGUUGCAUGGCAGUCACUUUGCUCUAAUGAAUCUCUUUUAAGAAUACUUAGGCUACAAAAGAGAGCUGCUAGGGUUUUAUUAGAUGCUGAACCACGUAGUUCAUCAGUUAUGCUAUUCAAUCGUUUAAAGUGGAUACCAUUUUAUGACUCUACUAAGAUGGCUAAAUGUUCAAUACUAUUUAAAAGGAUUAAUUAUUGUGUACCUAAUUAUCUUAAUGAUAGCUUAAGAUUAUUAAGUUCAGUACAUUCACGCAACACUAGAUUUUGUAAAUACAACUUUUUAUUACCUAAGUUUAAAAGGGCUAGAGAAGGAGGGAAAACUUUUCUAGUUUCUGCCAUAAAAUUAUGGAAUCAGUUAAAGCCUGAAUUAAAAAAAAGUCUAAUACACUUAAGGCCUUUAAAGACAACGUAUUUAAAUAUUACUAUAAGGACCAAUCAUGCUUAGCUCAUUUUAAUCCGUAAAUUUUAUUGAUAGUAGUUUUAUAUAUUCUUACUUGUUUUAGCUAAUUUUCUAUUUAUAUUUCAUUCUAUUAAUGAUUCUAUUGUAUUUAUAUAUUUAUUGUAAUUAGGAGGACCACAAGUUUAUUAGUGUUUGUGCACUAUCACGUGCUAUCCUCAAUAAAUAAAGUCUUCUUCUUCUUCUUCUUCUUCUUCUACCCCCAAAAGACUGGCCUCGGAGAGGAAGUAUUGUGUUGAGAGAUGUAUCAUUGACGUACUAUCCGGGGGGACCUCAAGUGCUGAAGAAUAUCAAUCUUAGCAUCAAAGGAGGAGCAAAGAUCGGCGUUGCCGGCCGGACAGGAGCUGGGAAGUCAUCUUUCGUAGCAGCUCUUAUGCGCAUGCCUGAUGCUGAUGGAGAGAUAAUCAUCGACGAUGUUCCAAUUAAAGACAUAGGCCUCCAACAAGCCCGACGAGGUAUCUCGAUUCUUGGCCAAAGGCCCGUUCUUUUUAGCGGAUCAUUGAGAAAAAAUCUCGACAUUUUAGACAAGUUUCAAGACGCUGAAUUAUGGCAGGCUUUAGAGGAUGUGCAACUGAAAGAUUUUGUCGAGACAUUUGAGGCCAAGCUCGAUCACGAACUGCUGGAAAAUGGCGCUAAUGUGAGUGUCGGCGAGCGGCAGUUAAUUUGCUUGGCUCGUGUGCUGCUACAGCGAAGUAAAAUCGUCGUCAUGGACGAGCCAACUGCGCAUGUAGAUCCAGACACUGAGCAGACGAUCUGGAAUGUAGUGCGGGACAAACUGAAGGAAUCCACUGUCAUUACUAUUGCUCACCGUUUGAACACGAUAAAAGACUGCCAGAAGAUUUUGGUCUUAGAAAAUGGAAAAGUUAAAGGAUUUGACAAAUUUGAUUCAGUAAUGAAUAAUGCGUAG